ACCGAAAUGAAACUCUGCUACCCAAAGGAGGGAUGAUGCAGGGAAAGAGUGAGAGACAGGACAUACCUCCUCAAAAGCAGUAUGUGAUGAAAUCCAAAACUGAAAGUGCAUCAGGUCAGAGACUGUCUGCUGCACGUCCUGUCCAGGGGUUAGUACUUCCCUCUGGGCCAUCAUUUGAUCCUGAGGACGAAGAAGAUCUGAAGAAGGAGAUUUCAUACCAAGAACAGCUUAAAUCACGGAUUUCAGAAGCUCAAAGGGUAGCGGAAGAAACCACAGUACCACGAUUGUCUCUGUGGGAUGGGGACAGUGAAGACUUUAUGCAAGAUUCCCUUGAUGUCCCAGAAGACAUUGAGAUUGACAGUGAGCGGCACAAGUACCACAGAGACUCUGUAGACAUCUAUCACCACCAGCAGCGGCAACCACCACAAAACAUCCACAACAUGGAGUGGGGCAAUCCUCCUGCCCCCCCUCCUGCUGUGGUACCCCAUAGUGACUUCUCAGCUCAGCCAUCACAACCCAACCCCUCUCCUCAGGCAUUUUCUCACAAUAGCUUGGCUUUGAACUUUGACACCAGGGAGGGCUAUGUUGGUGCAAGAUUUUCUAAUGCCUACGAACAGCCUCAAGCCAGCAACAGAGAUCCAGUAAUGCCCCAAAGACGUCCACAGUAUUACCCAGAGGAAGAACUUGCUCACCAGCAUGCACACUUUAGUCAUGGGUAUGCACCCUUAAAACAACAGCAGCAAUCUAGUCAAUUCAGGCAGCUGCCUCACCCACAGUCCCAGCAGGAAUCUUAUUAUGCUCCGCAACAGCUGCAGGACCGGCACCAUCAGCAGCAUUCUCAGCAGCAAAAUGCUUAUUAUUUGCAGGAGCAGGAGCAGUACCUGUCUGACAUGGAUCCUGCUUUUCAGGGUCAGCAUCCUCGGGUUGUCGGGACAGGUCAUUAUAUGGACAGGGGUGGUCCUCCUCACCUGGGUUAUGUGGCACCCCAAGCAGAGGUGCAUGAUGGAUAUUACAUGACAGAAACUCAGAGCUAUGGGUCUGGACGAGGAAAUGGACAUCAAAAUCAAUCUAACCUUGAAGGUGGUGGUGUUUAUGGAAACUCUGCAAAAUUUGUUGACCAAAAUUCUUACGAGGCUGAAGAUGAAGUACCUCAAUUGAAUGCAGAGCAUGAAGGGAGCAUCCCUCUGGACAUGAGCAAACCACCAAAGCCCUCGUACGACUACAUUAAUAACAAUAAAAUUGACUAUGGUCGGGCCCCAAGACGAACUUACAAAAAGAUUCAUGACGUUAAGAAAGAUGAAAAGGAGAAACUGGCUGAUAUUUUCAUCACUAAGAGCAAAAAAAAGAGCUCAGAUUCACAGCUAAGCAGCCGAGACAACUCCCUUAAUCGAUAUCCUGCCAUAGCAGAGCAUCCAGGUCAAAAAAUGGCUUCAGAUGCUGAGCACUUGUGGGCACAACGCUCAGCCACGCUGGCUCAAACACGGCAGUUGCCAGGAAGGAAGAAGCAACUCUCAAACACCUCCCUGAUGAGUAUAAAGAGCCAGCAAAUGAACCUCAGCAACUCCUCAGCUAUAUCUUCCAGGUCUCAGAUUGAUCCUGUGCAUCUGCCUUUGCGACGGCCCCUUGAGCUAAAACCUGUUCAUCAGGAAGUGAUAACUGAAGAUGGACAGCGAAUUAGUGUAGAUGUCAACCUGAGACUUAUUUCCCCUACUGCACAAGGAGAACGUGAACAGUUGGGUCAUGAGAAUGUUGCCAGUAGCAGACACAGUGGCCCUAUUGGAGAACCAAGACAACGGUGGCCUGGCCAGCCAUAUCCAGCUGACAAUGCACUUUCCACUGGGCAGCAGCCAUAUGCUUUCCAAAAUGAAAAUGAAUACCAACACGGACGAUACUCAGCAGAUGAUGCUUUUGCAUCCAAGAAGCAUGGAGGUCUGGCUAGUGGCUACCUGAGUGACAGUCAUCAUGAUUACAAUGGAGGACACACUGUUAAUCCCUUCCCCAAGAUUCCUCCUAUUCCCAUUGGUUCUGAUGAUGGUGCACCACGGUCAGCUCCAGUUCUGUCUGAAGGUAGCUACAUGCAAACAUAUCUCCGUGAAAAGGAGAAGAUGGAGAAGGGAGAGAAGCCAUGGUAUCGUGUGUAUAGCCUGCAAGAUUACAAAAGAAUGCAGAAGGAGGUUUGCCUGGGAACCUUGGGACCUGAUCUAGACAGCGAGACUUUUAAAGAAAAGCGAGAAAAGAUGCUGCGACAGAAUGAAUAUGCUAGGUCUGUGAAAGAAAAAAAUUCCAAAGAAAGGAUACACAGAAAGCCUCCAGCUGUUCCCAAACCUAAAGAGCAAGAUGACAUCAUCAGUAGGCGAACACUGGCAAUAGAAUAUGCCAAAAAUGUGCCAAAACCAACAGUUAAACCCAAGCCCACUCCUUACAAUUCAUACAACCUUGCUUCCCAGUUGUCUCCCAUUGCCAAGAACUCAGGUAGAGGCCAACAGCAGAAUUCUUUUCCUGAACCAUCAGUGGAGAUGCUUGACCUGGAAAGGCUACACCAGAGACACGAAGAGGAUAAACGCAGUGCUGAGCAAAUAAGACAGAAGGCCCAGGGAAUUUGGUGAUAAAAUGAAAGAAGUCUGUUUGGACAUGCAAGUAAAUCUGUGAUACAUGUUUAGUGUACUUCAGUUAAAUCACAAGCAAAAUUUCUGUCCGUUGAAGAAAAGUCUUCAUCAAACAGGGCAGCUUGCUAUGUGAUCUCAUGUUUGAUUGGUGUCAUCCUCGAUACUUGACUGAUCCGCAGGACUUUGGUUAUAAGAACAAUUUUCAUUGUUCAUACUUUGAUCAAAAUGUGCCUUUCUAUAUCAUAAGUUUAAUAAUGUUAAUUGGAGUGAUCAUUUCUAUGCUUACUGUCAUGCCUGGUUAGUGAAGAAAAAAAUGGUCAACCAGGUUCAUAUUUAAGAGAUUAAAUGUGUCGACAUUUAAUAGAUGAAAUGUAAGGAAGUAAUUCUUGUAAAACCUCAAAUACUACACUGUAUUAACUUCCCAUAAGAAUGUUUAUUUCACAUUAAAAAUAAAAACAGAAUUUGUUUGCAAUCAUGCAGUCAUUAAUUUCAUAGUUAUGUAGAAAGCAUUUCCUAAAAUUACUUGUACAUACUCGUUUUUGUCAGUCUUUGGUAAAUUGAAAAUCUGGAUCUACUCAGUUUAAAUGUAAAUAUUAAAAAUGCAGGUUUCCACUUUUGGCCUAAACUAGUACCAUAUUAACUAUAACAACUGUUUUUGUUAAUUUAGGCAUUGCUUUUUUUUGGUGGUUUAGCUCCCUUUUCCAAACUGAUGAAAGCAUGUACAUAACAGACAUACACUAAUACAUAUAUAAUGUAUGUUUAUGCAUUUUUUGUCUCUCACACACACAUGCCUGAGUAAAUAAGUUUAGCAAGAGCAUUUUUAUUGCACCUUUGCUUUCUUAAAACUGUCUUAUGAAUGUGAUCAACUUAAGUUAUUUUUGGCGUCUUUGAGUUUCAGUCUUGUACAUCUUGUUUAUGGUAGUUCUGAAAACAUCAGGGCAAAAACUAAAUUACAAGCUGUUUCACAUUUAAAACUUUCUUUCUAGCCCCAUCAAGAAGUGGAGUGGUUUGCUUUAAGAGCGAAAAAUAACAAACAAUAUGUAUUAUGAUUGGAGAGACAAAAAUAGCUUCUGGGAAUGUUUGCUAGAAAGAAUUUAACCUUGCACUGAUGUGUUUCUACAUUUCAGGCACCACAAGAAACAAAUCAACUUUUAUUCUGCCACACUGUAUACAUAUAUAUUGAAAGAAACUGUGAUAUAUUUCCUUGUCAGUUUUACACAUGUGGAAAUAAAGUAUAUUCUAUGC